UUUGUCGUAUUUACCCUUUAGACGACUGACUCCAUUUCUCCUCCUCCUCGUCUUCCUCCUCCUCCUGUCGUCUCUCGCCAUUCUCCCUUUUUAUAUCAAACCCUAGACUUAAUAAUCGGUCGAUUCAUCUCAAUUCUCUCAAUUCAAAAAUAAAUCGGCUCGAUUCUGCAUGAUACUCGAUCACAGGUUUGUGAGGCUGGAGGGUUUGUUACAAAGAGUAUCUAAAUAAAUCAUGAGUACUCAGAAUCAAGGACCAAGAGGGCCUCCCCUGAGGGGAUAUCGGAGGAGGAAGGCAAUGCUGGACUUAAAUGUGCCUCCAAGUGAAACCAGGGAUCAUCAGGAAGGAACUUCAUUUCAGGAUGCCGCUUUGGGGCUGUUAGCAAUUCAACAAAGGCAGCAGCCCAUACCAUUUAAUGCUAUUGAUGUUGAGGCGCUUGAUGAUGAUGUUAUUGAAUCAUCCCCGAGAGCUUUUGCUGAAGCUAAGAGCAAUGCGCGAAGAAACAACCUCCAAAGAAACCAUUCCCAAAGAUCUCGUGGAAGCACUGUUGUUGUUGAUGUUGAUUCAGGACGAACAACUAGGCUGGCAAUUAAUCACAACAAGCGCAGACGAGUCUCUUCAAACCAAACAAAUAUCAGUUCUGUUCGCUAUGAAAAUUUGGAAAGCCACAGCAACUCGAUGAGAGAUAACAUGCAGCCGCCGCUGCCUCCACCUCCAAAGGAGCCAAGUUUCAACUGCCCAAUAUGCAUAAGUCCAUUUGUCGAGGAGACUUCAACAAAAUGUGGACAUAUUUUCUGCAAGGCUUGCAUUAAGAAGGCAAUUAAAGCUCAGUCAAAAUGUCCUACAUGUAGGAAAAGAGUCACUGUUAAAGAACUUAUUAGGGUGUUCCUUCCAGCAACCACUACAUCGUGAUGAUUUUUACUUGUGGUGUAUAUCGUAUCAGGCUUGUUAGAAACAGCUUUAAGAUGUGAGAAUGGUGAUGGAACAAUGGUUGGAGCAUGUUGGUGGAUUCUUAUUUUUAUUUGGAAUUUGGAUUUCACCUAACAUGAGCAGUCGAAUUGACAUGCCUGAAUGCAAUGGAGGAUUCUGUUUUUGGGUAAUUUACGUAAUUAGUCUAUUUGCUGGAUUAUCAUCUGUUAUGUUCCUUGUUACUUUUUAUAGGUGAUGAAAAUAGUGUAUGAAAUUUGUGGCUCUAUAGCUUAUUUCCAGUAAUGCAGUUCGUAAUCCCAAUCAUGAUUGUAACUAUAUUCUGAAUCCAAGAGUAGGAUGUGAGUUCACCUUGGCUUCA